CAUGAGCCCACAUUCACAUCUGACGACUUUUUAAUCGCAUGAGGACAGUCACUAAAGUUUACAAACUAAUCGUCUUAUUAGAAGCGGACGUUUCACCUGAAUGAUGUAAGAUAUAUAUGUUAAGUGUAUUAAAAGCUAAUCAAAGCACGAAAAUUUCAACUUAAAAAAGCCCUAUGUUGUAAUUUUUUCAAUUCAACUGCGAUACCGGAUACCGGCACACCAUCUUUCGACUAAUAUCAAUGAAUGAUAAAGCUAAGGCCUUAAAAAUCCUUAAGACAAGUCUUAAGUUUAAGUAAGGGCUUAAAUGAAUUUCCCUAUAGUAUAGGAUACAGUGUAGACAGUACGCUCUUGUUAUUCUUGUAGUUGCUACUCACCAAACAGAAGCAUUCGCUUACUGCAAAGGUACAGUUAUUAUCAACACUUUAUUAGUUAAAUUUAUAUCAGAGUGUAGGCCUAUGCCUAUACUAUCUAUGUAAGUAUGUUAGCUAUGUUUCAGACAUUGUCAUGUGUAUUACUAGUAUAAAUAUUGAGUAUAAGUAUGUACUUAUAUUUUUGUAGGCAAUUAAUACUAUUAUUGCUGGUUCUAUCACAUUGGGAGGCCAAUAGAAUUUAGGGUAUUAUAAAGUACACAAUGCAGCUGAGUAAGCCUAAGGCCGCAAAGGUUUGAUUCUGUUUUUACCAGAUGACACAUGCUGUAGUCUACUGGUUUUUUAAAAUAUUGACUUGGUUAGGCUGUGAGCGUGAGAGGUAACAUUUUUAGUCUUAUAAAAAAAUAACUUUCAAAGUUAGUGUAGUUUAAGGUUAAAUUUAAAAAAUUAAAAAACGAUCACUCAUCAAAUGGCACAAUAAAUUAUAUAAUAAUAUGUAAAAAUUGGCAUAUAUUGCAUAAAAAUAACUAUUGGUAGCCCUUAUAAGUAUUAUUUAUUUCAAAAGAAAAAGAAGAAGAAGAAUGCCUCACAUCACAGACAAGAGUUCUCUCUAGCAUAGUGUAGGGUGUAGGCAGGCUAACCACAAAUAGAUCUAAGUUAUUCGAAGUGUCUACAUGUCCAGCUCGCCGGACACAUAGUGCGGGAGAUAUAGGUCCGGCGGGCAUGUCACGUGACCGCCGGACAACUAGCAGGCGUUAUUAUUCCGGCAGGUCAUGUGGUCGAAGGCAAAAUAGUUGCAUUGCAUUUGAUAUUCCGAUCCCCAGAUAAUAAAUAAAUGCUGAACAUGUGAAUAUAUUAUAAUAUUCAAAUGCUCUGAGUUAAAGUGUUUGACUUUGAAUCUUAAAUUAGUCGGCCUAUAUACUAAUUAGUAGUACAAGAACUUGUAAAGCGCUACCUUGAAGCCUAAAGUUAAAAUAUGAACCAAAUAAAAUAAGACCAGUAGACUUCAAUAGGCCUAUGCCUAUGUCAAUAAAAUAAAGUUGUAUUUCAGGAUUAUUGUUUAGUAUUGCAUAACAAGUAGGCUAGGCUGCAGUAUAUCGGCCUUAUAUUAAGAUGUAGGGUAUAUUUUUUUAUGAGCCAUCGGCCUCCCUGCCUUAAACUUUAUUAUUUUAUUUAUCACCCUCAGUAUAAUUUUUUUAGCAUUUGUAUUUUUUAUUACCGUUAUUCUCUCUCCCUCUUAACAUUGUUUCCUUCUAGAAUGAAUUAUUGCUUAACCCCACUUUGUUUGGUAAGAUACCCAAGUAUUUUUUUAUAUUGUUUGUUUGCAAGAUACUCAAUUCUUCCGACGUCAGGUGACUUGGUCGCCGCACAAAUAGUGCGCGAGAUACACAUCCGUCGCGCCGGACUUGUAGACACUGCCUAAGUUAUUUUUGGAAAUCCAUGAACAUUUUUUAAAAAGUCGUCAGCUUAGCCUACAGUAAUUUAUGCACUAUUAUAUGGGGCUAAAUGUCUACAUCUGCCCUAAACUAAUUAAAUUAGCCUAUAGGACCUACUUGAGUUUUCAAAGAUAUAUAAUAUAGUAUAUGGAUAUUUUGUUAGGCCUAAUAUUGCCGUGCCUUAACUAAUCGAUCAGGCUUCUCACUUAGAUUAGGCACUUAAGUAACGAUCAGAAAAACCUGAAAAAAUUGUGGCCUAUUUAAUCAUAUUAAGUCUCAUUUUAAUUGUUUAAAUAAUGUAAAUAUAAAAAAAAGAUUCAGUUUACCUUUGAUGUUGAAUUAAUUGAAAUAGAUAAGUAAACGAAGUGGUUAUGCGCAGCCGACUGCGUAUAACCCUGAGAGUUAUACGCAGUCGGCAAGUCACGUGACGUCUAUAUUCUUCCUGUGUUACAGUAUCAAUCAAUAAGGGUGCCUCGUUAUUGGGGUGACUGGGUGGUCGAAUGGUACAAACUGACCAAACCUCAAGAUGGUGGUCUUGAGUUCAAUUCCAGCCAACGACAAGCCAUGAAUUCGCGUUUGUUGCUAUGUUUGUUCUCGAGGAUGAAGCAAAAUCAACUAGGCUUAUUGUUUUACUUUUGUUUUGGCUAAAAAAUGUUAAAACAUGAGAAGAAUUAUUAACUUGACCAAUGUAAUGUUAAUAAUGUUAUUCUUAUAAUUAUCAGAUAUAUUUUUGUGGUAACAUAUAUUUUGUGUUGUUAACUAAUUUUGUGGCAGAUAAAAUCAUGUUUCUCUGGUACAGUAAUAAAUAUAAUCAUAGGUUGAGAGUAGCAGUAAAAAAAAUCGCUGUAGGGGCAGGGGUUCUGUAGAGGGAGCACUGUAAGUGUAAGUAAUACUUUCACACAGUUAUAGUUUUGCAUGGAAGCUGAAAACUGUUAUAUUUAGGUCAUCAAAAAAAAGAAGAACAUAAAUGAUAUAAUUUUUUUAAAAAUAAAUAGAAUGUAUUUCUUGAAUUAGUCAGUAAAACCAACCACAUGGUCAUAGCAACAUAUAAAAACCUAAUCAAUCAAAAUACAUAACUAGACUUAGACCGCGUUAGGCUUAGACUCUAAGAAAUGUAGACUUUGACUUAUACUUAUAAUUAUAAUAUAUAAGAUACAAGCAAUAAUACUAAUAGCACUAAUACUAGUAACAUUGCUAUCAACAAUUUCAAUAUUAAUUAAAAUUAAUUCAAUUAAAACUUUACGUUAAACACAUUAAAAGUUAUAGUUCUAACAACCCAUCAUGCAACUAAUUACACAUAAUACUUUUUUUUUUAAUUGCCAAACAAGCGAUUGAUAACCUUAUUUGGCUAAAUUCCUAGCCGACUGCGUAUAACCCUCAGAGUUAUGCGCAGUCGACUGCGUAUAACUCUCAGGGUUAUGCGCAGCCGACUGUGUAUAACGCUUCCCAUAAGUAAAUGUAUAAAUCUAAGUCACUCCAGUUCAAUAUUUUUCAAGUUAUUUAGCAAUAGAAUACUAAACAAAAAGAAAAUAUUUUAAACAUGACAUCUGUUCCUUGUGCAAUUUCAAAACUUGUGCAUGGAUCCGCCAAACUUAAAAGUUUGGAAAAUGCUGCUUGAGAAUACAUGUCUUUAAUAGGCCUAGCCUAAUCCAUACAUUAUAUAGACAACAUAAUUUUGGUCUGUUGCAACCCCUAUUCCCAUCCAAAGACUGACUGUAGAAUACUUAGAUGAAAAGGCCCUACACUUAUAGGCCUACUUGUCACUCUAGGAUUUUUAUUAAAAAUAUUUUUAUAUCAUUCUAUAUGAAAUUAAUGAUAUUUUAUUAAUUAUGUUUGUUUUACGCCUUUAAAAAAAAUAUAAUUAUGUCAAGUGUGAGCCUAAGUCAAGUAAUGUAUCUUAACAUGAGUGCCAUUUUAACAGUGCCCUAGUUAUAUAUCUUACACAUCAAGCACAUUUACACUUGACUACUCAAAAUACUCAUUAUAGCAACAGUUAUUACUACUUACUAGGCGUAGUAAAAAAAUAACUUGUUUUGAUACCCAUCAAGACUCAUAUUUACUUAAGACAAUUAGACUUAAGCAGAUGUUCAGUUCUUGUUUCAAAUCCAAAUUUGAAGUUGAGAAUAGACCUUGAGAUGAUUUUGCAUUUUUUAAACAAAAAAAGUCUUCUUACUUAUAUCCUGCAUUACUAUAAAGCUUACUCCGUAAAUGUAAUAAAAAUGGAAUAAAAACUUUAUAAAUUCGACCUGUGUACUGUUUUAAUUUUUCUCCUUUAGUAAAUAUAAUUGAACGAUAAGCAAGUAUAAGUAGAGUAGGCUACUUAAUUUAACCACUUUGUUAUGCAUUUAUAUUCAUUAUUGUUAUUUAAUCUGAUAACCAGAGUUUAACCAUAAAAUAGGGUAACAGGAUUUUUUUUCCUCCUUUAUUUUAUGAUUGCAAAUUUGAAAUUUAUAAAAUAUGAUUAUGACCAUGUCUUACUAUUAGUUUUAGAGACCCAUGAUUUACACAAUGACCAUGAACUGUUAUCAAGUAGGCCUAGUAAAAAGUGGCCCAUUAUUGUUUUAUAAGCAUGUCUAUGAUCUCUUCUGCUCAAAUUUUAUCAGUGACGUGAGUUGAAAUUGGAUAUCAAAUUUGUGGACUUUAUUUUUGUUGACAACCUAUUAUCUAGCUAUCCUAAAGUGAGUUUUAUCAUAUUUUAUGGGCCAAUGAUCAGUAGGUUAAAUGUAAGUUAUCAGGCAAGAGUUAAUGUUUGUCCUUAGUUUAUAACGGCUACCAUAGUUCUUUUUAUGGAUUUUUGUUUUGAAAUAAUGAUUGGCAUUGCUUAUACAGAUAAUAAGCCUUUACCUACAGUAUCUUUUAAUUUAAAAUUUCACAGAUUCAACUAUUCUGACACCAAGCUAAAAAAUGCCAGGUAGAAUUACUUUAAAAGACUCCAUAUGUAAUGGUGGAGCACAUGGUGAUGGCCCACAUAACAGAGUUGGUCCAAAUCUCCCAGAAUUUGUUUACAAUGGAGAAGUUGCGAUCAGUGGCAUAUCUGGUCGUUUGCCAGAAUCUGACAAUAUGGCAGAGUUUCGUGAUCAUUUAAUGAAAAAGGAAGACAUGGUCACUGCUGAUAACAGGAGAUGGGAAAUAGGUAAUUGGUUAUUUGACUAAGUUUUCUGUGUUAAAAAUAAAAAGGCUGUGUCACAAAGACUUGGAAAUCCACUGGCAUAACAUUUAGAAUUUGGGUGAUCUUGCUUAUUUAUAAAAAAUGUAAUUCAGUACUGUGGUUGCUAUUUUUAGGAGGGUGAGUGGACAUUAUUAUAAAUUAAAAAGCUUUGAAAUGUUGCUGCUGGUAAAUAUGCUUCAUCAUUUUUCCCGAAUUAGGAAAUAUGUUUAUUUUGAGUAUAUUAUAUUUUAUAAAACAUGUUUAUAUGGGAAGUUCUAUUUUGUAGAGUUAGAUUUUGUUGAAUAAGAAAGCACUUGAAAGUUGCCUUGGAAAUACAGAACUAUUCUAACUUUGUUAUCUUUUUGCCAAACUGUAUUAAUCCUGAACAUUUUCUUGUGAUCUCAGGUCUCCAUGGUAAUCCUCCAAGAAAUGGAAAAUUAAAAGAAAUCAGGCAUUUUGAUGCUGCAUUUUUUGGUGUUCAUCCAAAACAAGCAGAUUGCAUGGAUCCUCAACUAAGACUUCUACUUGAAGUAGCAUAUGAAGCUAUUGUUGAUGCAGGUUAGUCAAAGAUAAACAAUUUAAAGGAAAUUGAAAUUUCACAAUAUUAUGUUAUACCGAGUAGAUGCUUCCCAAUCAGGGGUGGACUGGGCCGCCGGGACACCGGGAAGAUUCCCGAUGGGCCGCUAGGACCGGUGAUAUAAUAAAAAUAAAAGUCAUGAAGAUACGGCCGCUUUUUGUUUUUUUCCCGGGCCGCUUGAACUCCCCAGUCCACCCCUGUUCCUAAUCUUUUGGAACAUUUUUUUUUUUUUUUCUGUAAGCGGGGGUUGGAGCCAGAAAUUAAUUUCUUCGCCGCUUUUGACAUUAUGUCAACUUACUGUGAAUUGUGCGGGGAGAAAGGUAAAGGUUUAGCUAAUCAUUCAUUAAUAAUUUAGUUUAACAUAUUUCUUUGCAUUGAAACAGAUAGUUUAAAUAUUUAAAUAAGUUUAAUAUUUGUUUUGAUAUAAAAUUUGUUAAAUCAUUAUUUCCAUAAGGACAAACAAUAGAGAGUGUUCGUGGAACAAAGACUGGUGUAUAUGUUGGGGUGAGUCAGUCAGAUGCAUCCGAUGCUUGGUCUGCUGAUGCAGAGACAUUAAUAGGAUACACAAUGCCAGGAUGCUGCAGAGCAAUGUUUGCUAAUAGAAUCUCAUUUUUCUUUGAUUUAAAAGGUAAAUUAAUUUGUUUUAAUUUAGUUAAUUAGAUAAGAUUCAUAUUAAUAUAAAUUGAUAUUUUUAGAGGUAGUGAUAAUGUGUGUAAUUGUAAAAUUUUCUUUUACUAGGUCCCAGCUAUGCAGUGGAUACUGCCUGCUCAUCUAGCAUGAUGUGCUUAGAUCAGGCUUUGCACAGCAUUCGUAUGGGUAUUAUUGAUGCAGCUAUAGUUGCUGGUAGCAAUUUGUGUCUGAAACCAAACACUUCUCUGCAAUUUGUGCGAAUGGGAAUGACAUCACCAGACGGGGCAUGCAAAACAUUUGAUGCUUCUGGUAAUUGCUUAUAUUUAAUAUUUAAAAUUGGUGCUUUUUUAUUUUUAAAACUCCUAAUACAAAGAUAAUUUUGAAGUCUGAUGGAUUUUUUAGUGUCUGUAAUAACAUAAACUUUUGUUUCAGGGGAUGGUUAUUGUCGUAGUGAAGCUGUUAUGGCUAUUUAUCUUCAAAAAACAUCUGACUGCAAACGUAUCUAUGCCACCGUUGUUCAUUCAAAGUCCAAUUCUGAUGGUUACAAGGAACAAGGUAACCUUUCAAUAUGGUGUUAACAAAUGAAAGGGUGUCCCAUAACAAGGAUACUUAAAUUGUAUUUAUUUAACCUUGGUUAUGUCUAUAUUUUAAAUUCAUCCUAUCCUCCAUAGAUGUUUUAAAUUCUUUAAGAAACUUGGCAAUCUUUGAAACAGUUUAUAAGGAUGCUUUGCAUAUUAUUUCAGGAAUCACAUUCCCUUCUGGUAUUAUGCAAAAGCAGUUGAUUGAUGAAGUAUAUCAUGAAAUAGGUGUUAACCCUGUAGAUGUAAGUAGAAUACAGUACUUAAACUUACUUUCUUUAUAAAAUUAAAUUUGAUAAUUCACUUUCCGCUUGUGUAGAUUUACCUUUUGGGCAUAUACUUUAUUUCUGCUGUUUCAUAGGUGACAUAUGUUGAAGCCCAUGGUACUGGCACAAAGGUUGGUGACCCACAAGAAACAAAUUCAAUAGUGGAUGUGUUCUGUAAGGGAAGAAAAGCCCCCCUUCUGAUUGGUUCAACUAAAUCAAAUAUGGGUCAUCCUGAGGCAGCUUCUGGUAAGCUAAAGGUUAAAAUUAAUAACUACUGAUUUUGCAUAUCUGAAAAUUUAAUGGUGAACAUUCAAUAAUUUUUUAAAAGGGUGCUAUUAUUAGUGACACACAUACAUAUCUAAAAAACCCAAUAAAUGGCAGAAAGGUAAUUAGAAUUCAGAGUGAUGCAUUUAAAAGUUUCCAAAAAGUUAGUAAUUGUGCUAAGAUUAAAAUUGACUUGACAUCUUAUCACAUAUUUUUGUAUUGGUCAUCACAUAACUUUCUAUGUAUUAGAUGGUUAACAAGAAUCUUUCAUCAGAUAACUACUCUUUGUAUUGAAGUGUUAACUGAUAUCUGUGUUUAUGGAUAAUGCAUUUAAAAAGUGUGCCAAAUACCAAUUGGACAUGUUUACAAAAUCUAACUUUAUUUUAUUAUGGAUUCAUUUCCAUUAGUUUGGUACCUAAAAUUGCUUAAAGUAUCCAGUAGGAACCAACAUUUAAUGACCAUUAUUUUUAAAUUUAUGUGUGUGUAUAUCAUUAGAAUUUACAGCUAUCUUCCUUUUUUACUCUGACAAAAAAAAUGUGUUUUCCGACCACAUCCUUCAUUGAAAAAACAUUUGUCCACAGGUCUUUCAUCCAUUGCAAAGAUUUUAAUUGCUUAUGAAGAAAGAGUGAUACCUCCAAAUCUUCAUUUCAAGAAUCCAAAUCCAGAGAUUCCUGGACUGAGUGAUGGUAGUUUACAAGUUGUGACUGAAUGUACCCGUUGGAAUGGCGGCUAUGUUGCCAUGAACUCAUUUGGCUUCGGUGGAUCAAAUGUUCAUGCUUUAUACAGGUAAGUUUCAUUUGUUAGUUGUAGUCAUCAUAUGUUGAGAAUGUUUUUUUUAAAAAUAAUGUGCUUUAUUUAUACAUUUUCCCCUGUAAUCUUAUAGCUAUCAUUACAAUUUACUAGAUCUCAUGAUAAAGAGCUGCUGGAGCCACAUAUUGCCAGUGAGAAACCUAGACUGUUUACAUGCAAUGCACGUACCGAGGCAGGUGUGAAAGCUGUGUUAACAGAGGCCAAGAAAAAUGCAAAAAGUGUAGAAUUUCAAGCAUUGAUCCAAGAAUCUUCUAACAUGUCCACAAGUCAAAUGCCAUACAGGGGCUACACUGUUCUUAAUGCUUCAGCGGAUUUAGAGGAAAUCCAGGUAUAUAUUUUCUUCAUUACAUUCUAUAUUUGUAUAUUUUGUUAACUAAUUUGGAUUUUUGUUUAAGUGACUACCAAUUUUUAAUUACCUUUAUCAUGUUUAUCUUUUUUCUGCUUGUUAGAAAUGCUCUCCAGAACCAAGGCCUGUUUGGUUUGUGUUUACUGGCAUGGGGACACAGUGGCAUGGUAUGGGACGUAAGAUGAUGGAACUUGACAUUUUCAGGGAAUCUAUUCAGAGAUCCACUCAGAUCCUCAGCAGAUAUGAUAUCAAUCUUUAUGACCUCAUUAUGAAUGGAGAUGAAAGCACUUUCGAGAAAACUAUUCCAUCUUUCAUUGGCAUAGCAUCAAUUCAGGUAUAUACUUUUAAUGGGAAAUUAUUUUUAACUUAUUUGUUUUCAAUUUAAAUAAAAUAAAACACAUUUAUUUGUAACAUAUGGAAAGUAACUUUAAAUUAUUUUUUUCUCUAUAUAUACAUAUAUAGGUUGCUCUUGUUGAUUUGCUGUUGGCACUUGAUAUCAGACCAGAUGGUAUCGUUGGACAUUCUGUGGGAGAACUGGGUUGUGCCUAUGCUGAUGGUUCUCUAACCGCUGAAGAAACUGUACUAGCAGCUUAUUGGAGAGGUCGCUGUAUAUCUGAGGCCAAUCUGCCAGCAGGAAAAAUGGCAGCUGUUGGUAGGUUUCUUUUCUUCUGAUAUAUUUUCAUCUCAAGAGUCUAGUUCAAUAAGGCAAAGACUGAAGAAAAUGUAAAAACCGGUUUUUAUAGUAAGAAAAGCAUUUACUUUUUGGGGCUGGUAAUGAUCCAUUAAAGGUAUGAUAAGAUAAGAUUCUUUUAUAGAUCCAAAUAAAUAGAAAUGUGUGUUGAUUGCACAGUACAUAUUUAUUUUGACACAUACAUUUUAACACCACUUUCACUAUAUGUUUGUCGUAAAAGUUUGGUUUGUGUCCAUAUGUUUUUUUUUAUUUGUGUAUAUGCCCCACCCCUAAAUUUUGUUUAAAACCUUUUAUUUCAAUUUUUAUAAUGAUAUAAAAGAAAAUCAGACACUUUUUAAAACUAUUUUUCAUUACAAUGUUAACCAAUAGAAUGUCCCCUUGAAUCAUCAGUGUGCCUAACUAGUGAAGACUGAUUUUCUCCCCCAUGAUCAAGUUGUGCCCACUCAGUUAACUAAAGGGUUAAUUUCAAUGUGUGCUGUGUAAUAUCUUUUUGUUACAAAGUUUCAAUCAUUUCUAGAAAGUUAACUAUAUGAUUCUUCCACCAGGUCUGUCAUGGGAAGAAUGUAAAAAAUUGUGUCCACCUGGUGUUGUUCCUGCUUGUCACAAUUCAGUAGAUACUGUGACCAUUUCUGGACCAUUUGAUGUCACCACAAAAUUCAUUGAAGACCUUAAGGCCCAGGGAAUAUUUGCUCGUGAUGUGAAUUCAUCAAAUGUAGCUUACCACUCCUAUUACAUGAAUGAAAUUGCUCCACAGUUAAAAUCUGCGCUAGAGAAGGUUAGAAAAUUUAUUCCCUACAUCAUUUCAAUUAUUUUAAAUAUGUAUUUUUUUUUCUCACUGAUUCAAAAUGGCAUUGUUGGCUAUUACUAAACAGCUAUAUUUAUUAAUUAAAAAAAUUCCUACAGGUUAUCAAGCCCAAGAAAAGAUCUCCUAAGUGGAUUAGUACAUCAGUUCCUGAAGCUCGUUGGGGAGAAGAAUUAGCCAAAUACUCAUCAGCUGACUAUCAUGUCAACAAUUUGGUCAGUGCUGUGCUCUUUCAGGAGGGUCUUCAAAAGGUUCCAAGCAAUGCCAUAGCUAUUGAGAUUGCACCACAUUGUCUGUUGCAAGCUAUUCUGAAACGUUCACUCAGCACUGAAGCAGUAUUUGUUGGCCUCAUGAAGCGUUUCCAUGAAAACAAUAUUGAGUACUUCUUUUCCAGCUUAGGAAAGUAAGAAGUAAAUUGCAUUAGACAAAUUAUAUUAUUUUUUAAAGACCUAGUGUACCUACAAUAUAUGGAUUUUUUCUCUCAUAAAAUCUUUUAGGAAUUGAUUUUCUCAUUAUGUAGCUUAAAACUGUAUUUAAUGUUGAAAACAUUUAUAUGUUGGCAGAUGCUUUGCAAAUGGCUUGAAUCUCAGUCCUUUAAAAGCUUACCCUCCCGUGCAGUAUCCUGUUCCAAGGGGUACACCUAUGGUUUCACCUGUAAUUUCCAAGAUUUGGGAUCACUCAACAGUCUGGAGUGUCCCGACUGAAGAAGAUUAUGCUUUUACCAAAGGUGGUGCAUCAUCUGAUGCUGUCUUUGAGAUUGAUGCCUCAGAGGAAUCUCCUGAUCAUUAUUUGGUAAAUUGAAAUUUUUGCAUUUCUAAAUAUUUAUUAAAUGUACAUAGCAUACUUUGCUUUAUAAUUUUGACAGAAAUCAAGAUGAUGAAAGAACUGAUUUUUAUUUUUUUACCUUUCUUUGUUUUCAAACAAUUUAGGUUGGUCACAAAAUUGAUGGCCGUGUUCUAUACCCAGCUACAGGCUAUCUUGUCCUUGCCUGGCGAGCCUUAGCCAGAUUAAAGGGUCAACUUUAUGAACAAAUGCCUGUUGUGUUCCAGGAUGUAACUAUACAUCGUGCUACAGUUCUCCCAUCAGCGGGUAAGUUUAUAAUUUAAGUUUUUGGCAUGAAAGAGCCAUUAGUAAUUAGUAAAUUUAGUAGAGAGCUACUAUGUGUGCUUGCAACUUUUAGGUAACUUGGAAAUUGAAAUUCAGAAAAUCUGGCUAAUAGUUAUUAGGAUUUUCAGUUGUCGAGAUUUCUUUUUUUACCCAGCUAUUUUCAAUGCAUUAUAAAAUUUUGAAUUAGUUCAAAUUUGAAAGUGGUGUAGUAGUGUUAAAAAUGUUUAUUUACAUUAAAGGUUGCUUAUAUUUUCUUGAGUAAUUUUUUGUUUCCCAAACCCAGGCACAGUUACCUUGAGUGUUAGCAUUAUGCCUGCCACUGGUAAAUUUGAAAUCUGUGAGAAUGAUGCCCAAGUUGUCAGUGGCAUUAUAUAUACCCCAGAAGGACAAUUCUUAGACAGAGAUCAAUACUUAAAUGUCCAGAAUAUCACUAACAAGAAAGAGACCACUGAUUUUGAACUGACUCGAGAGGAGGUUUAUAAAGAGCUGAGAUUGAGAGGUUAUGAUUAUGGUCCCACCUUUCAAGGCAUUGCCAAGGCCAGUCAGACAGGUACUUAUCAAAUGGAGUUGCUGUUGGCUAUUUUAAAUAUUUUUUUAGCUAGAUGAAUUAGUUGCUAUAUUCAAUAUUUUAGGGAUUACUGUACGUUAUUUAUUACUUUUAGGUUCCACUGGUGAACUUGUAUGGAAUGGCUGCUGGAUCUCUUUCAUGGAUACAAUGCUUCAAAUUCAGGUGCUAUCCAUGCCAGGUCGCUCUCUUCGCUUGCCUACGCGUAUUAAGUUUGUUAAAGUGGAUCCCAAGUCUCAUCCAGCUCAACCAGCUGAAGGAGAGACUGCCUCAAGUAAGUCAACUUGCCAAUAUGAAAAUAUUCGAUGGUAGGGAAGUGUAUUAAUUUAAAACCUCAUUGUUCCCUCAUGGUAUUUUGUGUACAAUGUUUUUUGAGGGUCUUUGUCAUGGCAUUUAAAAUUCCUCUUAAGUGCCACACAGGUUGUUGAAUAGAGCUUGUAUUUGGUCAUCAUGAAAUGUUUUUAUUGUUAACAUGUUUAUUUGGUAUUCAACAGAUAUUCCAGUAUAUAUCGACAGCACUUUGGAUAUAACUCUGUGUGGUGGAGUUGAAAUCAAGGGACUUCAUGCCACUGUUGCCCCAAAGAGAGGUCUACAAAUAGCACCUACUAUUGAAGAAUAUCGCUUUGUCCCAUAUGCAGAAAGGGUGAACUUUCCAGCAUCACUUGAGAAUUACACAAAACACUGCCUCAACUAUGUACUAGAAAAUCUUAAAAGGGUGAUCACUGAUGAUUCUAAUGAUGCAUUGCUGAAUAAAGAUCUUCUUAAUGAUGUGGUUUCAAACAACAAACCCUCUGAUCAAUCAAAUCUUCAGGAUUUUAUUUCAGUACCUAAUUCUGGCUUAGCUCAGGUUUUAAACAAAAUUUUUAACCUACCAUCUGCAAAUUUGAAGGAAAAUGUGCGAAAUAUUUUGCAAUCUUUCCAAUCCGAAUUAUCUUCUGACAGGCUUUUAUCUAGCCUUAACAGUCAAGACAUUCUUAAGCCUUGCAUUGACAUUGUUAUUGACAACACCCCAGUAAGCAAGCUUUCUAUCUUUGAGGCUGGUGCAGCUCAUAGCACCUUGUACCGUAAACUGAUCCCUAUGAUUAAAACACAGCCAACAUUAAAUGUUGCGUACACUGCAGCAGACAAAUCCCCUCUAGACAAAGAUGUUAAAAGCUUUGGUGUUAAAUCCUCUCAGUGGGACCCAAGCACAUCCAAGUCUGUUCCUCCUGGACAAGUCCAUCUGCUGGUCCUUAAGAAUGUUCUUCACAAACAAGCAGAUAUCAACACCACUUUUGAAACUGUCUCUGGAAUGGUUUCUCCUGAUGGUUUUAUAUUGGUAGAAGAGGUCACCAAAAAUUUUCCUCUUUAUUUAGCCCUUGAAGCUAUAGCAGAAAAACUUUCAGACAAUACAUCAGCUGAUGUUUGUCGUGUGUGUGGCUGCUACCUGUCAGAGGGUUCAUGGGUGGAGAUUUUCUCAAGACAUGGCUAUGAGGUCAUCUACAGAAAGUCAGACAAUCUCCUAUCUACAAUAUUUCUCCUAAGAAAGAAAAAACAGAUAGUGUCUACUCCAGUACUGAUUUCUAUUGAUGACCUGCAGUGCUCUUGGCUGGAUGAUCUAAAAUCUAAAAUGAAAGAACUGGAGAAUGCAUCUGAAGAUACAAGACUUUGGCUUCUUGCUACAAAAGAAAUCAAUGGUCUCAUGGGUUUUGUCAACUGUUUAAAACUAGAGGCAGGUGGGGAAAAGGUCAGAAGCAUUUUUGUCAGUAAUCUGAAAUCAUCAUCAAGCAAACCUGAUAUUAAUGUGAAAAGCCCAGAAUUUAUCAACCUGGCCCAGAAAGACCUCGUUGUUAAUGUAUACAGAGAUGGCCAAUGGGGAUGCUUCAAACAUGUACCUAUACCUGAUGGUAAGUGUGGAAAGAGGUUGGCGGCUAUUUUUCAUAAAUCUAUAUUUAGUGUUUGUUGGAUAGUAGUGAUGAUAGCAAAAUGAGUAGGUAUCUGGUUUUAUUCAUUAAAAACAAAAAUCAAUAAAUGUCUAUUUUACACUAAAAUAGGUCUAAUUUCUUAUGUUUUAAAAUCUUGCAGAUGAGUCAUCCCGGUUAAAGCCAGUACAAUAUGCCUAUGUUAAUGUAUUGACUAGAGGUGACCUCUCCAGUCUCAAAUGGAUUGAAUCCCCGUUAAAGUUCUUCCAACAAAAUGGACAAGACACAGAGCUUUGUAGUGUUUACUACACAUCAUUAAAUUUCCGUGAUGUCAUGCUGGCAUCUGGUAAAUUGCCACCUGAUGCUAUUCCUGGAGAUAUGGCUACACAAGAUUGCAUCCUUGGUAUGGAAUUCUCAGGCAGAGACAGUAAAGGAAAGAGGAUAAUGGGCAUUUUGCCAGCCAAGGUUUGUUUUGGGGAAAAUAUAGUUUCAUAUUUGAUGCUUUAUACUUUCACUUAUAAUCACUAUCAAACUGCCUUCCAUUUUACAUUAUUCACUAAAAAUGAUCCAAUAGGGUUUGGCCACCUCAGUAGAUACAGCUAAGCGGUUCUUGUGGGAUAUUCCUGACAAUUGGACAAUGGAAGCAGCUGCCACUGUACCUGUGGUCUAUUGUACAGCAUAUUACGCUUUAGUAACUAGAGGAAGGAUCAGGAAUGGAGAAAAAGUUCUUAUUCAUUCAGGCAGUGGUGGUGUUGGACAAGUAAGUAAUUUUCUUACUCAGCAUUUAACUCUUGAUCCAAGUUUUUAAAUUCAGAUUAUAUCUGCAUUUUGACAGGUGAUUUGUGAUAUUAAAUUAAAUAUAAGUUUUACCUUACAUUUAAAGAAUGUCAAAGGUCAUAGUCACUGGAAGACAAAAUAAGAAUGAAAUAGGAUUGCACCAAUAAGCAGAUUAACCAAUUACUAAUUAAUUGGCUAGUACUGAUAAAUAUCUUAUGUAAUGCUUGGGAACUACCUAUUGUGAUAAUUUAUGUCCAGAUAUGUCUUAAUGUAUGCUUAAAACUGUCUUGUAAUGAGGUGCAGUAAAGUUUUGAAAACAGUUUUUUUUGGGGUUGCGAGUUAAGAGAAUUUAAGAACAGAGGAGACAUCAGCUUUUAAAUUAUAUAAAUGCUUAUAUAUUUUUUAAGCAUUUCUUAACAUUUUAGUUUAUGUAGUAAGUCACAUGAUUAUUUUCUAAGUUAUUUAAAGGGUUAAAUAUUUUGAAAGAUGGCUUUAGAAAAUGUAAUAUUUUCAGCUCAUUAUAAUAUGUAAAAAUGUGUUUUACUUUCAGGCAGCAAUUUCUGUUGCUCUUAGUUAUGGUUGUGAGGUAUUUACAACUGUUGGAUCAAAUGAAAAGAAAGAAUACCUGAAAAGUGUUUUCCCUCAACUUCAAGACAGGCACUUCAGCAAUUCUAGAGAUAUCUCUUUUGAACAUGACAUUCUGAGAGAAACAAAUGGAAAAGGUAAAUUCAAAUAGCCUUCAUCGGUUUAACAUCAAAAGAUAGUACUAAAAUAAAUAUACAUUUUUAACUGACUGUUUUUUAGGUCUUACAAUUUUAACAUUAAUUAAUAUUUCCUUUCUCAAUAUUUUCAGGAGUUGAUCUUAUUCUCAACUCUCUUGCCGAGGAAAAGUUGCAAGCCAGUAUAAAUUUAUUGGCAAAACAUGGCAGAUUUUUGGAAAUUGGAAAGUUUGAUCUUUCAAACAACACACCAAUAGGUUUGUCAAAAAUUUCAAAAUGCUUCAAUGUGCCUAUUCACUACGAAUAUACUAAAAAAUGUAAAUUUAAAUCAGAGAAUUCCUUUGAUUUAUUGUCUUUAUUUCCCUAUUUAUAUUCUGUUUUAACAAAUUUCAGGAUUGUCAAUAUUUUUGAGAAACAUCACAUUCAAUGGCAUUCUGUUGGAUGCCCUCUUUGAAGAAGAUACUGAGGAGUGGGAAAGUGUGGCUACAAUGGUCAGAGAAGGCAUGACCAGUGGUGUUGUCAGACCUCUUAAAGCCAGUGUCUUUAGCAAAGAUGAAAUAGAAGAUGCCUUCCGCUUUAUGGCACAAGGAAAGCACAUUGGCAAAGUUGUUGUUCAGGUAAAUACAUUUUUGUCUAUUGUAAAAACUAUUUGUGUAAUUAAUGAUAAAGAUUCACAAAAUAAUUAAUUUUUAGAUAUCAGCUUAAAAAAUGAUACCUAAGUAAAUAAUCUAUCCUCAUGUUUUAAAGGUGAGAAGUGAAGAGAAAGAAAAGGUGGCCACCCCUCCAAGUGUAACUAUAUCUGCUGUUGCCAGAACAACAUGUGAUCCAUCAAAAUCCUAUAUUAUUACCGGAGGUCUUGGAGGAUUUGGUCUUGAACUUGGUCAAUGGCUUGUUGAGAGAGGGGCCAAAAAGCUUGUCCUUUCAUCCAGGUGAGUUGUGCAUCCAUGAUUGUAAAAUAUUGAAUCUCUAAAUUUCAUUGAUACAUAGAAAGGUUAAUCUUUUAAACACUUGUAUUUUUAACAGAUCUGGUAUUAAAACUGGGUACCAAUACCGGAAAGUUCAGUAUUGGAAAUCAGCUGGAGUUAAUGUGGAAAUUAGUAAACAUGAUGCUAAAACCAUUGAUGGGGCUAAAUCACUUCUUCAAGAUUCAAUCAAAUUGGGCCCUGUUGGAGGACUAUUUAAUCUGGCUAUGGUGAGUAACUUUCUCCUACUUCAUUGUGCAGAGAAACACUAAAUAAUUAUUUUGUAUCUCUUUCAAUUGUCUUAAGAAUUUAUCAUACCUAUUGAUACAAAUUACUUUUGAUUGCAGGUUCUAAAUGAUGGCCUCUUCGAAAAUCAAACAAAUGAUAUGUACCGCACUGUAUGUGAACCCAAAAUUCAAGGCACUAUUAACUUGGACCAGACCACAAGAGAUCUUUGCAAGGACUCAUUGGACUGGUUCAUUGUGUUCUCUUCAGUCAGUUGUGGAAGAGGCAAUCUUGGGCAAACUAAUUAUGGUUUUGCCAAUUCAGUCAUGGAAAGAAUUUGUGAAAAAAGAAAAGCUGAAGGUUUUCCAGGUGAGCAUAUAGCUUCAAGUUCAGACACUACCUUAACUUUCACUUCAUAAGUAGUUUUUGCCAAAAAUUUAAGUAUAACUCAGGGUUUCAAAGCAUGUUAGGAAAAUGGGAAAUAAUGUUACAUGCAGUGAAACUAAUGAUAGUAAAAUUUAAUUUAAUUAUACAAAUAAAUACUUUACAAAUAGAAAUUGUACAGAACCAAAGAAAAAUGUAGCAACUUACAGCAAGUGAAAAAGCUGCAAAAUCCUCAAUACACAAAUAUUAAGAAACCUGGCAGGCUUUAUAUAGGAUUAAAUCUGAAUGUUCGCAUAAAGAAAAUCUAGAAAUUGUCACCUAAUGCAAUUUUUGAGAACAAAUAGAGCGCAUUCGAAUAUAAACAACCUUUUCUCAUCCUAGAAAAGGAUGGGGAGGCAGACCUGUUUACUCUUAAGAUUUUGGCGUACAAUGUACGAUUUUGAGGUGUAAACAUUAUAUAUACUGUAUGUUUAUUUUUUACUAUAAAUAUAAGGUAUUGAACGAUUUUGUGAUGAUAUGUACGAUUUUAAGGAUUUGAGGGUAAACAGGUCUGGGCAGGGAAGAAGAGACAAAACACAUUUACAUUGUGAUGUCAAUAUCAAGGUCAUUACUAGCAGACAAGUUGUGGUGUCUAAUAAUAGCGCUGUUGAAGUUUACAAAUAAACCAAUCCCUACUCUAUAACCAGCUAAAUAUAACAGUCCCAUUUGCCAUAGGAAUUUUUUUUGUCUUUAGUUGGGGAAAAAGUAGGGAAUUUUGUUUUAAAAAAGAAUGCAAACUCUAACUAAUUUACAUAGGAUGUUUAUUUCAUUACAACUGUCAUAGUCAUUCUUUUCAAUGAUGUAGCUGUUCAUAUUUUUGAAAAGAUUAAUUUUACUGAUUGUAGCAUGAAAAGUUUUAAAUGCUUUUAAAUGUGUUAUUACAUUUUUUUUGUAGUAGAACAUGUGUAACUAAUUUGGUAUUAAACACAUUUUAGAUAUUUUUAAUAUAAAAUUAAAAAUUUAUUUUUGAGCCCUAUCUUCUUAAAAAAAAAUUCCAUUGCCAUUUUAAUAUGACUAUGGAUAAAAGUAUAAAGGAAUAAAUAUUCAUUGACAUUGUUAAUAUGAUCCUUUUUUUAUUUAUUCAGGUCUUGCUAUUCAGUGGGGCGCCAUUGGGGAUGUCGGUGUUAUUGCAGAAAGUAUGGGAGGUAACGAUAUUGUGGUCGGUGGAACUCUUCCUCAAAGGAUGGCCUCCUGUCUCAAUGCCCUUGAUCAAUUCUUAAACCAAGAUUACACAGUUGUCUCAAGUUUUGUCGCUGCUCAAAAGGACACUGUAAAGAAAGAAGGGGGCUCAGCCAGACCUAAUCUUGUGGAUUCCAUUGCCAGAAUUCUAGGUAGAUAAACAUAUUCUAUAUUCAGCUUGGUCUUAGACACUUAAGUGUGACACACAAAUAUCUGUUAGCUUUGUUUAUGCUCUCGUUUUAGUUCGUAUAGCCCUGUAAAGCAUUGAUAUCUUUAUUACCCUCAGGUGUGAAAGAUGUUUCUAACGUUGAUCCUGACACAAGUCUAGCUGACCUUGGUCUUGAUUCUUUAAUGGGUGUUGAAAUAAAACAGUUACUCGAAAGAGAUUUUGAAGUAUCUCUUAGCACAAGAGAAAUAAGAAUGCUGAAUUUGAAAAAGAUUCAAGAUAUGAGUAAGUUUUGUUUUAACUAUUUAAAUUGCCCCUUUUAUUCUCAUAAAUUUAGUGCUUGCAACCUCCUCAAAUCUAACUUAUGACCAAUAGCAGCUUUUGAGCUGAUAAGUAUAUUUAUGGGGAGAAAACUUCUGCUUAAGUUCAUUAGCUUUAAUAAACUGAGGUUGCCAUUUAAAUACAUUUGUGAGAAGUUUGUUUACAGAUAUACCCUUUCUUAAAUCGAUGAGAAAGGUGAGGAGAUCAAAUAUUUAUACCCCUUCUUUAAUGUUUUUGUAGAUGGUGCAGAAGAGGAAUGUGAAGUUACAGAAUCAGAAGCUACAGAAUCUGCAACCGACAUCACUGCACCAGCAACACAAGAGGAAUCAGGGGUUGCCAUUCGAUUUGAUUUUACACAGAUGAUGCCCAAAAAUCCAAUCCUUCAUAUUAAUGGCAUUCAGAAUGGUCUCAAGCCACUAUUCAUUGUGCACCCCAUAGAAGGUAAAUUUCAGAUUUCAACAGUAUACAUUUUCUUUGUAUAUUAUGUAAUUGAGUCACAAGGCUUGUACUGAAAUCAUUUCAUGCUCUAGAUUCAGGAUAACAUUACUUAAUUGCAGUAUUAAUCAAGCAGGUAAAAAGUGUGUAAGCUAUGUCUUUGAAUGAAGUUGCUCAUAAAAUAAUUUCCUUUACUAUUGCAGGUAGCGUUGUUGCACUGGCUACCUUGGCAAAGAGUCUACCAUGUCCUGUGUAUGGUCUUCAAAUUACAGAUAAAGCACCACUAUCAUCAGUUGAAGCUUUGGCAGGAUAUUAUUUACAGGUAUAUUUUAAAGACUUUACAAAGGUCGUUUUUAAUUAAAUGGAGCCCAUCAUAACUCAUACAUUUUAAAGGUUGAUAGAUUUUUUAAAAGUUUUUGUUUCUACAUGUAGCAAUGUAAAUUAAAUGCUAAAAAACAAUUAAACAUUUAAAUGGAUCUUUAUUUAUUUUAGGAAGUGAACAAAAUAGACCCCACUGGUCCAUACAGAAUUGCAGGGUAUUCAUUUGGAGCUGUUGUGGCAUUGGAAAUGGCCAAUCAGUUAAGAAAACUGUACCCAAAGCGUGCUGAUGUUGUUCAGUCCUUAACACUUCUAGAUGGCUCACAUAGAUUUGUAGAAAUGUAUACAUCGGUAUAUCGUAAAGCUAUGAAAAUAAGUAAUGUUGCAGAGGAGCAGGCAGCAAGUCUGGUGGCUUUUAUUCGUCUAUUUGUGGGAUUUGAUGAAGUCCAGGUGAGUCUUCUUAAUGUCAAGGAGUUAACUUUGUAUCACUGACCAUACAUUCCAAGGGAUAUGGUUUACCCCUCCUUUUUUCAUUUUUGACAUAUUCCAGUUUGUGUGGCUGUACACUGUUCUAUACAGAUUUUCACUUGAGUUAGUAAAAAUAAUAAAAUUGCACAUGCUCAGAAAUGGGGGCUACCAUCUAAACCUUUAUUUCUUACAAGAUCUUUAGCAUUGGUUAUUGGUUAAUAUAAAACAGUGAACUCUACAUGCUUUGAAUUUUUCUUUUUUUUCUUGAGAUUACUGGUGAUCUUACAAAAGAGUCAAUUAAUUUUAAAAUCCAUGUCUAAAGUGUCUAUAUUAUAAUUAAGUUUGUAGGGACAUGCAUGAGGAUUGCAUAAAUGUUUUCAACAUUUUGAAGUUUUGAGGAAGAAAAAAAAGCAUAAUUUUUAAAUGCGUGAAAUAGUUCAGUUGCAAAUAUAUUUUUUCAUAAUUUAUUUUUUUUUUUUUUUUUUUUUUUUUUUUUUUUUUUUUUUUUUUUUGAGAAAGAAAAUUCAAUUUAUGUCAUAUGAAGAAAUCAAAACAUUUUAUGAGCAUUUGACCAAAGUUUAAAAGAUUUUGUGUGUGUGAAAAAGGGGAUAUAAAGGGGAAAUAAAACAUAAAAUUCACCACCCUCCACAAAGUAUUCACAAAUAUGAAAAGUUAUUAUUUUAGCUGUUUAAAUUAUUUACAAACAAGGAAACAUUUAGGAAAUUUUAACCUCAUGGCUCUCUAGUUUUAAUUAAACCAAGUUAAGUGUCACAUGUGCUACUUUUGAAUGUGGAUUAAAAAAAAAAAUUGUAUUUUUAAUUUGUAGCACACUUAACAAUAUCUUUUUUAAACCUGUGCAUUCAGGAACUAUUUGAUGCACUAUAUUGUAGUUUGUGUUAUUUACAUUUGAGGCACUUGGAACAUUAUCAUUUUUAAUAAGUUUCUCUGUGAAUUCAAUUUGGAGUUAGUUAUAACUAACUAGAUAGCUUAAGUUCAUCUAUGUCAAGGUUUUCUUUUCUGGGCUUCCGAAGAGACUAGCUGGCAAUAUCAAUAAAAUGGAAAAAGGGGUUAUCCAGUGUUAGGGGGAUAAGGGGGAUAUAAAAGCAUCCGUUUGUUAACUGAUCAACACCACACAUAAAUGAAUUGUAUAAUUUAUUUGUCUCGUCUAAAUACACCAUCCCCUUUUGUUCUAUUGUUUACAUAAAAAAUCCAUUUGGGGUCAUUGAAUAGUUACCAUGUCUAAUUAAUAGCUCUUUUCCUCUAUAUAUCACCUUUGAGUUUUAUACACGUUUUUAUGAUAAACUCAGUCGGGCAAGAAAUUCACGUUGCAGAGUUUUUCCUUAUUGUCUGUUUCAAUUUUAAAAACUUUGAAGAAGGUCAUAAUUUUAAUAAAUCUGUUUUUGGGUAUAAAAAGCAUAAGUCCGAAAUCCAUGGUACAGUGUUGAAGUUGACUACUAUUUUUGAACACUGGAGACCUGUAAAGUUGCCAUGUACAUUCGAGAUGCAAGAAAUGUGUAAAUCUUCUGUUGAAAUUUUGGUGAUGGAAGGUUUAGAAGGUCCAUGGUAGAGGCAUAGCUGGUUCAGUUGGUAGUAAAACAUAAUUAUAAAUCCAUUUGUGUAAUUCUUUACAAGAUUAAGAUUUUUAGUUGACAACAUUUAUAGCUGACAUCAUUGUAUUAUAUCUUCCUUUUUAAUGAAAAUUUUGAAAUCUUUGCUGACCUUGCUUCACAGUAAUGCAGGCUGAGCUAGUCUUGAGGUGAACAAAAUAGAAACUGAUAACAAGAACAGACUUAAUGGUGAAACACUAUCAGUUUCAAUUUUUACACAGUAGAAUAAACACUGACAUGGAUAUUUGGGAUUUCAAGCAAUUCAGACAUAAGGACAAACAUUGCAUUUAUUUAAAACAGUGAUAAUUAAUUGAAAAAAGAAAUACAAAUUAUAAAUAAUUAUUUUGGUUUAGUAAUAUAUGUGUACAAAUGUAAAAGUUUUGUUCCCACCAUUUUCAAUGCUAGUCAUUUUUAAAAUGAUAAAGAACUAUGGUAACAAUUUCACUAUCUAAUAUUCAACAUUUCAGGUUUACCAACAAAUGGCUAAUGCUAAAGAAUUAGCUGACAGAAUCCAAAUAACAGUGGAUAUUUUAAUGAAAACAGGAAAAUUCAGCUCAAGAGAAGACCUGGAGACAUUAGCAAAAGCUUUUUAUUCUAUGUUAACGAUAAGUGAGAAAUACAAGCCUCAAACAUACACAGGUGACAUCACCCUUAUCAGAGCAGGACAAAACAGUGUCAACUCAAGUAGUAUUGGUUCUGACUAUGACUUAGGACAGGUAAGACUAAGACUGUAGUUUUACUGUAUCCAUAUUUAUCCAUGUAUGUUUUACAUAAAAUAUUUCUUUUUAUUUGGAUAAGUAAAAGAAUCUAAGGUUAAACAUAAUGUUAAGAGUCCAAUAAUAAUAAUAGAUGUCGUAAUCAUUAAAAGAAAUGUUAAUAGUAUAUUAAAUAUGACAAUAAGUUGUUGGUUUAAAAAAAAAAUUAAUUUUAAUCCUCAGUAUUUAAUUUAUUCCAUUCACAUUUCAGGUGUGCAGUGGAACAGUAAAUGUAAGAGUUGUAGAUGGGGACCAUGAGUCUUUUAUCCUAGGUGAAAGAGCAAAAGGAGUAGCUGAAAUUAUGAUUCCAUUGCUCUCAUAGUACCCAGCCAAUAUGCCCCACAUGGAGUGGAAACCUCAAGAUACAAUGACUUCCAGUAGUACCGAAAAUUAAGUAUUGUCAGGCAAACCGUUUAAAAUAGAAAUUUGAAAGCCUUUUCAUUUUCUUCAUUGAGGCUUUAUAACUAUUUAAAGGGUAAUUUUUUAAAAAGUUAUGUGACAUAAAACUGAGAUGUUAACCAUUACAUGCUUCCUGAAGCAUUGUUGAAUCAUCCUAAGUGUACAGACAAUUCUGGUGUAUGCUUCCUUGCAGAAUGUGGAAAUCCCCAAAUUCUUUUUUUUUUGCAGAGAUUCAUAUAAAAACUUUCCUUCGUAUUGACUUUACCAGAAUUCCCUCCACACAGAUUUUUUAUGGCAAAUUUGAUCUGAGUUUUGUCUUAAAAUUACAAUUUUUAUAUAGUAACUAUUGCAUUCAUUUUCAACGCAUUUGUCUUCUCUGUUAGUAUGUAUAAAAUAAUUGAAGUGAAUGGGUGAAUAUUAAGAAGCAACGAGCAAAUGUUUUUCUGAUGUCAAAUAACCUUUUGUAAAUAGAUCAAAAUCAAUGUAGUUGAAGUGUUGUGACUAUUUAAGUUGUUUUUCAAUAUUUUCUACAAUAUAAUAAUGCCCAUCUUUGCAUUUGAAAUAUGACUUUUUAAAUAUAUAUAUUAUUUAUAUAUUAGAUAUGUCUGCAUUGAUAUUAUCUUGUUUUUUUUUUUAAAUUGUUCUAAUUUAUAUUGGAUAUUUCAUAUAAAUUUACUGUUAUAAAGUAAAUACUCGUAAAAUUUUCAAAUCUCCAUAUUUUGACAUGCCUAGUCAUGAAUAAUAACAUAUAAACAUACAAUAAGUGUUUUUGUACAAACACUAAUAAUGUGAAGAAUAUUGUAAUUUGAAAGCAUCAUUUCCUUUCCAGUUCUCACUGCCAUUAAUUAGAAAUUACCACCAAAUGGCUGAAUAGAUGGCCAUUGGUUAAAAUAGCUGCUGAACAUCUGGUGUUGCUUUCAAUGGACUAAUCAUCUCUACCUUACUAGUUACCAGAAAUACCCUGCUUUAAAUUUUACUAUUUUGAUGUGGGGAUAAGAAUAUCAAUGAUAUAUUGUUUCCAAUAAUGUUUAUUUUUCAUAGCUGAUCAGCAUUAUCUUUUUUUUAAUAUUAUGUUGAAAUCCAUUCAUUAAUUAAACAAAAAAAUAUAUCUGAGUGCUUGUUUAAAGGAUUAUAUUUGUAAAUUUCGUGAUUUUGGUUAUUCUUGGAGAGGCAAGAAGUUAGCAUCAAUUGUUUGAUUGUAAUUUGAUUGUUGAAAAAUUCUUGUACAUGCAAAAAAAAUGGAACUGCUAUAAUAAUUUUUUUACAUUAAUUUUUUUACCUGGAAAAAAUGUUAGGAUAAGUGGUGUAAUAAAUUUGUCUUGUCCUCAUGAAAAAAACUGCAGCACUUUAAAUGCAGAUUAAGUUUUUUAAACCAAAUUUUUCUGUUAGUGAGAAAGAAAUGUUUUUGUUGGUACCUGAAAUAUAUAUAGUUUAUGAUUGAUAUUGAUAAAAAAAAAGUACACUUGACAGUUAUCUUAAAAUUAUGUGUGCUAAUUAACUAUUUUUAACUAAUGCAUUUUCUGUUCUUACAGUAUCAAUUACAAAUAUGCAUUUUCAAUUUUACACUUUGUAAAAUGCUCAGAUUGACAGUUCCCAUUAAAACAUUCACUGUUGUGGUAACAUGUUCAGAGUUUUUCCUAUGACUGAAUAGGAAUAUACACAUUUUGUCUUUUUGUAAUUUAUAAAAGAAUGUAGAAUUUUUCAGAAGAUUUUUUUCUUCAAUGUUUUAUUUCUUAAAAUAAUUUCUGUAUGUUUUGUUCAUUUUGAAAGUGUUGUUUGUCACCUAUUCAUUAUGAAACAACACCAAUGUUCAUGGAACAAUAAAAAUAUUUCAA